AUGUCCCUCUGGGUACAACCUAAGCGAUACAGACGGAGAAUAAUAUGGGUGUUUUUGUUCUUAGUCAGCGUGAUCUAUAUCGUGUACAGCUGGGAGGCGGGAUCACCGGUACCAAAUUGCUUCCAGAAGGGUCACACGUACGGUGACGACGACAAAGUGCUCGAUGACAUUCAACAAACCGCACCGCAACCUACAGAGGAUGGACGAAAUAUUUUCUUUCACGAAACUUCCUGCCUCAAAGACGGCAUCAUCCACCUGAACGCCCGGCAAGCGUGUGCUAUCGAAUCGGCUGCCCGUGCCAAUCCUGAUUGGAACAUUUUUGCCCUGUUUGCCGCUCCGGUUGGAUUCCGAAACUAUACAACAGAGCCCAUAAUUGAUGCUCUGCUAGAAUAUAAGAACGUGCAUCUACGGUAUGUGAACCUCACAACGUACGCAAACGACACACCGCUGGAGGAAUGGAUGCAGAAUGGAGAAAUAUAUCGUUCGAGCUACAUGAAUUCCCACUUGUCGGACGUGAUGCGCUAUCUGACCCUUUACAAAUACGGGGGAACAUACCUUGAUCUAGAUGUUAUCGUGCGACAAUCUUUCGAAAAGCUCGAACCAAAUUAUGCCGGUGCCGAAUCAGUCCGGUGGGUUGCCGCCGGUGUGAUGAAUUUCGAACCAAACGGACACGGCCAUGAGCUAGCCGACAUGUGCGUUCGUGAUCUUCUAGCAAACUUCAACGGUAAAGACUGGGGAAACAAUGGUCCUGGUGUGAUAACGCGAGUAUUGCAGAAGUAUUGCCACACGCGUUCUACGGUGCACAUGACUCGCGAAAGAUGCCGCCAUUUUACGGUGCAUCCGAUCAAAGCUUUCUACGCUAUUGGCUUUGAAGAUUAUAAACAAUUUUUCGAGGAGAAGUAUCUCGAUCAAGCACUGGCGACGCUCAAUCAAUCGAUCGUGGUGCACGUGUGGAAUAAGUUUAGUAAAGAUCAUCCGGUGCUUGUUGGCUCACGGGUAGCCUACGGGGUACUAGCAGAUCAACAUUGCCCAAAGGUUUAUCGUUCGUGUGGAAAAAUUUUCUAAAACAUGAGUCAAAAUAGGACAUUUCUUAGACCCUCCAGUACACAAGUAAAAUAAUCAUUUUUAUACCGAUGUGAUCGACAA